UUGACUUUGAACGAUUUUAAUGGCCGCUUUCUGUUUGUGUCAGAUUUAUAAGGCGUAAAUCUGUAUAAUAUGUAUGAAUCUAGCCGUGAAUGCAGCAGGCAGCGAUAAUCGAAGAUUGUCAGUGGUUUUAGGUGAUUGUUUGUGUAUCCACGUGAACACCAUGUUAGCAUUCAGGACUUAGCAGCAAGCAGCUAACCUCAGCUCUGUGUGGGACUGACAGAAAGUCAUAUCUCUGAAUGGGUCUGCUUCUGCGCUGAUUUCCUGUCAAAUGAGGUCAACACGUGAGCUAUCCCUAAAGGAGCACCUGGUCUACUACCUCCAGACUGUAAUUUUAUGGUUGUGAUCCCAGCUGACUGUGCCUGUCAGUGGGCAUAGAGGUUGACAGUGGACGCUGGUACAAUGAAGACCUCAUAGUUAACCUGAGCCCAGAGGUCUGUGGUGAUGUUUCGCCUCCGAUCUGUGAACUCCUGCCUCCGCAGGCUCCUUCAUGGAGGGACAGUGAACAGAGACCAGGUUCUGGAGCAGCUCCGAGUUUGCGCUGCCGAAGAGCAAGUGUUUGACCUGGUUGGGAAGAACAAGGCCAAGCUCACAGUUGAUCAUGUGAACUGUGCUGUGGGGUUGCUGUGGCAGUUUCAGAAGGAGAGACCUCAGCUGCUCCGGACUGUCGACCUCACCAGGAGUCACCCACAGUUCUUAACUCUACGGGUUCUGGCAGAAAACAAAAUUGCACAUAUGGAUGAUUCCAUGUUGGUCGACAUGCUUUACACUUUCCUCAGGCUGAAUGUCGAGCCACACGACUCUCUUGUUCAACAGCUGGUUUCAGAAGCAUGGCUAAGAGUAGACAGAUUUCCAAUGAGAUCUCUGUCCAAGUUUGCUGUCUGUUUACACGAUCAGCAUCUUUCACACAGCCCUCUAAUGGGCCACAUCACCAACAUCGUGGAUCAGAAGUUGUCAUCUAUUGAUGAGGCCAGGGUCCUAACUGCUCUGAUGACCAGCGUGUCGUCCCUGGUGUCUCCCCGGCUGCGGGAUGCACUCAUCAGCAGAGCGGAUCAACUCCUGGACACCACGGAUCCUUCACAUUUUAACGUCCCCCGGAGAAUGGUGCAGUUUUUGCGCAACGUCAAGUAUGUUCACCGACCUCUGCUGGAGAAGUGCAAUGAGAUGAUCUUGCGCAACGUUCCCACACUGGAUGCAGAGAACAUCGGCAUCAUCUUGGGCUUGUAUCAGUCACUGCAGUUCAACAACUGUGAUUUCAGGCUGGCUGCUAGACAAAGGCUGACUGAACUGAUAGACUCGAGCACCGAUCAUGUGUCCUUCUUUAAACUGUUUGUGGCUCUGGCUCCCAUGGCCAGUCCGGAGAUCAGAGAACGAUUGGAGAACACUGCCCUCCUGUUGGCGGAUGAGUUCAAUGGACAGCAGGCCUUGGCUGUAGCCGAAGCGCUGGAAGAGAUUCAGAGCAGGAACCUUAGUUUACUGAACAAAAUUGCUUCAGUAAUCCAAAGGAACCUUCACGUCUACAAGUCAGUGGAGGCGGCCAGAGCCACCCAAGCCCUUUUUCUGUUGCAGCAUCAGAACCCCAAACUCUUCACUAACCUAAGAAACAUUUUGGUCGACUUUUUGCAGCGCAGCGUCUUCCCCUAUGAGGUGACCAUGCUGACCCGUGUACUGUCCAUGCUGCCCUGUCCACGUCUUGAAGAUGGCGUGAUCUCCCGGGUGGAUGCCGUGGUGGAGCAGUGCAGUCUCAGCGAGCUCAGCACCCUUUCUUUCGCCGUUGCCAAAUGGGUGCGCAACGAUCCGUCCUACCGGCACAACACUCACAGCAAGUACGUCCGUCUGCUGCAGACGCUGAACCGCUGCGGCAACGAGAGGCUGCAGACGGCCGACCAGCUGGACCUGGUGCUCGAGGAGCUCAAGUUCAUCUCGGGGGAGUGGUUCGAGGAGAUGCUGCUGGAAGAGACGAUGGUCACGCUGCAGAGGAUGAUGGACCAGAUAAACUGGAGCAAUGCACCUGAGCUUGCCUUCUUCCUAACCAGGACACAUCAUCUGUGCCCUCCUCUGAUGGACCGAAUCGCCAGUGUGGCCAUAGAACACACUGACAAGAUUCACCACUCAGCAACGUAUGCCACCCUGCUACCCUUUUCUGUCCUGAACUAUGAUCCAGUGCAAGCAGACGAGUUGUACGAUGCUUGUAUUAAGCGCUUCACGCCUCAUAUCGGUUCCUUCGAGCCACAUCUGCUAGUCCUCCAGGCGUACUCCUUGGCAGUAGCUGACAGGUUUCCUGAAGAACUAAUCAGAGAAAUCUUCAGUGUCGACUUUCUGGGAAAGCUGGACUCCGAGUUAGAAACCCUCUCUGAUGCUCUCAACAUGCGAACACGGCUGCGCCUCAUGCAGCUCAAUCGCGCCGUGUGUCUCGAGUGUCCCGAGUUCCAGGUGCCGUGGUUUCAUGAACGCUACUGCCAGCAGUUGCAAAGGAAAGGGAACAGCGGUGUCAGUCCUGUGCAACAGCAAAUCCACAAAAUGCUGGGGGAAGUUCUGGGUGGAAUUAACUGUGUCCAAAUAGCAGUUGUCACUCCAUAUUUUUACACUGUAGACUUUGAAUGCAAACUGGACAAACACUCGCAGCCACUGCCUUACAGCGAGCAGAGCACGCUGCAGAUGUUAGACAGAGGAGCGGUUCACUGGGAUACGAGCUCACUGGAAAACAGCAGGGAUGAGCUGCCACCUGGAGCUCAGCGUGUUGCUGUGGACUUUCUAGAUUCGAGGUCCUUCUGCAAAAAUUCUCAUCAUAUGAAAGGUGAGGCCCUGAUGAGAAAGAGACACCUUGAAAUUCUGGGAUAUCGUGUUAUUCAGAUCCCUCACUUUGAAUGGAACUCUAUGGAGCUUUCAACACAUGAUGCCUGGAAGGGAUAUCUGAAGAAGAAAAUAUUUAGAUAGCCUUCCCCUUAGGCAGUUAUUCACAGAAUAAUGAGAGAAGUGUUACCUGCAGCGCUGAGCUAUUAGCCUGGUUUUGAAGAAAGUUUUACCAGAGUGACUGAACUGAGUUUUAAAUACAGUAUAUUAAUAUACAUUAAGUGCUCCUUAUUUUUUGUUAUUAUAGUAUAAAGUUGGCAUGAAUCUACCUCAUUCAUGUUAAAUGACGUUGUGCAUAAUGUGCUUUUGUAUUAAACACUUUUUAAAAAAUAAAA